AUGCGACAGCUUAACCAUUUUGUUUUUCCGCCAUCUUUGAAAUGUCGCUUAAGUAUCAUAAAACGUGAGGUUCGUCAGUCAUUAGCAAAUGAAAGUGAACGAAUUGAUGAUGGCUUAAUUGAUCGAUGUGUUGAAGUUGGUGUUGGAGCAGUUGGAACUUCAAGUCCUGUUCAACUGAUAGGUGUCGCAUACAAUCUUUACAAGCAACAACUUGAGUCGAGCGAUCUUGAAAAAGAGCGUGCAGGGCGUAAACAUUUUGCUUUGAAAUUUCUUGAUGAAAGAGUGGCUGAAGCUGAUCGAAUUUUUUGUUAUAUUAUGUACAAACUGCCUGAUGGAACACCAACACCAACAAAAAAAAUUCGUGAAGUUGUAAGUGAAACAAAAUGCGCCGAUAUGGAUGAAUGGAAAGAAAAAGCAUAUGCUACUUUUGCUGCAAUACCACCAGUAAAAGUUGAUGUGAAGAUCGUACUUCAGGAUCUCUACAUUGCAUCAUUGCGUUCACUUACUUACAGUGAUUUUCACAUGUUGAAAGAAAAGGAUAUUGACUGUUUGGUGGUUUAUUCGGAAUUUCUCGAUUUCGGGUUUGAUUUAAAGAACUUACUUCCAUUAUUUGAUGAUGAGACAAUGAUUAUCAUCCAAAAUCCUUCAGUUCUGUCAAUUUCAAUGGAUGUUUUUGCCCGAAUACAUAAAUGGCGAUGCAAGGAAUCACGUGUUUGCGUUGCUUGCGAUACGGAUGGAUUAACAAUCUCAGGUUUAAUUGUGGCGCGUUAUUUAUCACUUUCUACUCGAUGCAGUCAUGAAGAUGCAAUUAAAGCUGUCAAAAUUUGUCAUGAAUCCUUUUUUCCACUUCCAUACGCUCAGGGUGAUUUUCUCAAUGCUGAAUUUGAGGAAGAAGAAGCCGAUCAGUUUGAACUUCAAGCACCAUCGUCUGACUCUAAGAAAAAUUUCGAUCGCUGUAUGCUUCAGAACUGCAUUCGCGUCUAUGGGAAUUCAUCGUGA